GGAGGACUGGCAGUAGUUAGCUGAGGGCUAAUCUUCCUCCAAAAAAAAGAAAAAAAAAAAAAGAAAUGAGGACUUGACCAACAGUGUCUUUUGCCACCCAGAGUUCAAAGAGAUCACUGAAUUUGGCAAUUAGGAGGUCAUUGGCGACUUUUGCUAGUGCCCUUUCACUAGAAGGGUGGGGCUGGGGCCAAAUUGCAGUGGUUUGAAGUGUGAAUGGGAAGUUUGGAAAAGUGGAAGUCCAGAGUGUAUACUCUACUUUCGACAAAUUUGAGAGUGAAGGAAAGAAAAGAGAGAGGGAAAGAGGGACGGGGAGAGAGAGAAAGAGAUUGAGAGAGAGAGCAAGUUAGGGGAGCAAGAGAACACAUCUGGGGAGGGAGGGCCCUUUUUUGGGGAUAACAGAAGCAGGCAUUUUAUAGCAGGGAAAGAGCUGGUAUAAAGAAGCUGACUUUUCCUGAAGAGAAGGGGCAUAAUGUCUGAAGGAAGGGCCCCAGGGAGGGAGGGUAGAUGAGGCCAAGGCCCAGAUGAAGGGAUUAGCCUUUAACGAGAGGGGCACCUUGUCCCCUGAGAAGGGAGGGCUCGAGGGGAAGGAAGUUGGAGAGGCAGGCCAAUUUUGGGGGGUGGGGUAGGGCACUGAGGUAAUUCACGCUUGAAGGCCUCUGCUUUCUCAGGGAAGUGGGAGGAGAGGUUGUUCCGUGCAGGGAGAGGGGCGAGGCAGGAACAUGGUACGGAGCUGAAGGAAGUUUGGAAUGUGGCCCAGGAAAAUGUGGAGGCUGGAGUAGAGGAUUUGACAAGGGAACAACUCAAGGGUGGCUGAGGGCUACCGGGACCCAGCUGAGGUUGACUGAGUUCGUCUUCCCCUGUGCAGGUCUGGUCUCCCACCCUAAGCUGUAAACACCUUGAGGCAGUACCUGCAGCACUCUCCUCUUUCUAGAGAAUUCCCUUGUCAGGCAAUGCCCAGCAGUGGCUGGCCCUGAGGAGGCACCAAGCCCUCUCAGAAGGGUCUGGCAAAGCAAACACUGACAAAACUCAGAAGCACUAUAGGGCUACUAGGGGAAACAGAGGUAAGAUCAGAAUUCCCCUGACAGGAAGUUCUUCAGUUUGGUUGUUCCAGACCUUUCCUGCCACCCUGCUGGCCACUUUACUCCUGUUCUGUGCUGAGUGCAAAGGAGAACAGCCAGGUUCCCACUUCUGCCCAGCAACACUUGCAGGCCUCAAAUCCUUCAGGCUGGGGAGAGGACAACGAGAGGGGCCAGUGGCCUCAUCUCCCACAAGCUGAAUGAGGCUGAGGCCAUUCUUAGGUAGCAAGACAGAGUAGUUGGUCUGGUUGGGCAUGAGCUCUGGGCUCAGGAGGAAAGUCUACCUCUUCUCUCUUUCCCUCUUCCCUCCUGCCUAUUUUCAGAGACUAUGGCCACCUAGAGGUCAAAAAGAUCCCAGCGUGUGACAAGUCAGCUUCAUAAGCCAUCUCCUUCUAGCCCAGUCUCCUCAGCCUGCCUCCUUCUCUCAGCCUCACUCCUCAUUUGAGCUAGUGAUGCAGUACAAGCAAAUUCUCAUCUUCUGGAGGUAAAUUUACCAAGAACUCUCAGAGCCGGCUGGAAACUCGGGCUCGUAGCAGCCCUCCUUGCCCCACCCCGCCAAGAUUGCCCUCUCCGGGAUGCAGCCUGCACUUACACAGUUCAGGGACAGAGAGCUUGGCCCAGUCCAUGGCAGCACAUUCCACGGCUCUCAUUUUACCACAUAUAAUAAACCUCUGUUUACUGAGGGCCGGGACAGUGUCAGGCCCCUGGGUUAGGUGGUGGCUGGGCUGUUAGAAAAUUUUCCCUUGAUGGAGCCAAAAUGUGUCUCCGUGUAGCUUCCAUCCAUGGACCUCAGACCUCCUUUUGAAGUCACACAGAACAAGUGUAAUCUCAGGACAGUCUAAUUCUCAGAAGUUUGAAAAUGGCCAUCAUUUCCCCGAGUUUUCUCUCCUUCACAUGUAAGCAUUUCUUCCUUUUUACUUUUAUGUGUCUUUACUGUUUAUUACCCAAAUAGUAUCAGGUCUUGUGGAAUUUCUUCGAAAAUUCAGAAAAGCAUAAAGAAGAAAGUAAAAUUCUACCAUAAUUUCCAUAAUCUUAUUCCCAGAACUCCCAUAACAUUCUCCUUUCUUCUAACCAGUCUUUUUUUCCUGCAUAUUGCAUAUUCUACACUUUUUUUUCUUACCAAAAUGAGAUCAUCUUCUAAGUUAUACUGUAGAGGCUUCUUUUUCUUCACUCUUCAAUAUAUUAACUUUUCUGGAAUCUUCUACCAAGCCAAUUUUAAUAUGAAAUUGUCUAACUGUUCAAUGAUUUAUUUAACCAGCUUUCUAAAGUGAGCCAUUUAGUUUAUUUCCAAUUUUCUUUUGCUACAAAGAACACAGUGGCACUGGAAUUGAAAGUAGGGUAGACGUAAGGGGUAGGUGAACAGAAAAAAGAGGAGUCCUUGAAUCCAUUCUUCAUACCAUUUCAGCAUCUGAUUUUUUUCACUUUCUGUGUUGAUAAUUAUAUUUCCUAAAACAUGAUUGUGAGUGCCUGCUUAGUAUUCGGUUGUAAGGACUUCCCCUAAUUACUGUAACUGGUUCCCUAUCGAACAUUGAGGUUGUUUCCGAUUUUUGAUGGUUACAAACCUGGCUGUGACGAAUAUCUAAGGAGCUAAAUCCAUGCUAGUGCUGGACACCGAGGUCAAGGGGAGUAUUUUCGGGAUCUCUAAGGCAUAAGGAGCCUGUCAGUAGUUGUAAUUGGCAGCUUUUUGGCAAAGUCCCAGAAGAAUGGCUGAGGCCAAGGACUGUGCUUGAGCCGCUGGGCUUGCCCGGGGUCAGUACCCAUUUACCUGGCUCCCGUCACAGAGCGUUCAGGCUGGCAGUGCCCUUUGGGACUGCUGGGCUGCACCCUCCUCUCACAUGUGAGGGAACUGAGGCCCUGGGGCCAGGCAUGGUCGGUCCUUCAACGGCUUAGCAGCUGGGCAGAACUCUGCCUGCCCCCAGCACCCCGGCUCCUGGACUGGAAGCUGAGCUCGGAGAUUUGGAAUGUGACCUGGAAGCCCUGGAAAUGCUGCCUGCACUCCUUUGCUGGACCACUGACUGCUGAGGCUGGAGAGAGGAUUCAGGCCCUUUUGCAAAUGAACCAACCACUAAAGGGGAGGGAGUGGAAAUAGACCACUUGAUGUUUCCCCCACGGGCAACUGGAAACUGCUCCACCCAGAACCUCCUUCUUUCCUAGCCCAGGUGGUAUGCUUACUGGCAGUCACCCUGUAUCAAGUUCACCUGGCAAAAUCUAUUUGGGGUUUGAACUGCAAUAACGUGCGAGUCCCUUAUGCUCCUUAGCCGGGCCAACUGUCCCUUUUUGCUGGGAACCGGCUUUGCUAAAGGCCAGUCUAUCCAGCCCUGUGUGCCUGACAACUUUCUGUGGUUUCGGGUGCUAAUGAGCUUCCCGCCUUUCCCUCCUCCGGCGUUGCUACUGCCUGGGGAAUUUGCACAAAUGGUGUGCGAUUUGUCCCUUCUGUGUUUUCCUUUCUGACUUGGAGGUAAAGAAAACCCCUCACCCCCCACUGACUCUCUGUUUAUUCAACUGGGAGAGAUUUCACACCCGGGAACCCAGCUCUCCCUCCCUGAGCCCCUUUCCUAAAUCUUUAGCCUCGUCCCAAGGCCCCCACCCCUGCAUGUCCCUGAAUAAUUGAUGAGUCCAGGCAGGCCUUAUUAAAGGGUCUCCCAGGAAAGGCCAAAAGCGUGCAGGAGGUUCUGAGAAAUAGGAGCCCCCACAGCCUGCCUGGCCUUGACACCCUAAGGAUGGAUCCUGCUGCUCCAACUGCUGCUGCCCCUGUCCCAGCCCUGGCCCUAGCCCUGGCUCCGGCCUUAGCACAGGCCCCCCUGGCCCUCCCUGGCCUGUUAAACCCAUCGCUCCUUCUCUCCUCUGGACAAGAAGUAGAUGGAAGCCGAAGAGGAGCUUGUCUUUGGAGGCCCUGGCUGUCCUCUACACGUGACCCUCCAAGGCAGGCCGCUGGUGGAGCAAUAGGUGCUGAGGUCACCAAGGCUGACUCCGAGUUUCAUCACCCCGUCAGGCUCUUCUGGCCUAAAUCCCGCUCCUUUGACUACCUGUACAGUGAUGGGGAGAUUUUACUGCAGAACUUCCCUGUCCAGGCAACCAUCAAUCUGUAUGAGGACUCACACAGUGAAGAGGAGGAAGAGGAAGAGGAAGAGGAGGAGGACAAAGAAGAGGAGGAGAAAGAGGAGGCAGAUGAAAAGGGGCCAGAAGAGUGUGUGAGGGUACCAGGAUCAGCACCACACAGGGCCACAGCUCAUCAUCCUUCUCUACCCCUGACCUGUCCAAACUGAGCCCUUCAGAGUCUGAUUGGGGUUCAGUAUGCCUGGCAAGGCUCCAGGGCAUCGAUUAGCCACGAAUCUCUAGGCACAGCUCUCUGGAUUGAAAGUUGGGUCCUUGAGUCACCAGCUCACCCUGGCUGUACCCAACUGGCCUGUGAGCCCAAGCCUCUGGCAUCUCAUUGUUUGGGCUGCUGUUGUGUUGACAGUGGGAGGGUCCUAGAAGUUCUAGGGGAAGGAAGACCUGCUUUCUGAAACCCCCAGGAAGCAGAUCAGGACAGAGCAUGCCCAUGUAGAGGGAAACUGUCAUUCUUCAGGGCUCUUUGACUCCCCAGCCUUCCAGGUGGUCACAUAGUCCUGUCUCCCCAUAGAAACCCAGAUUUCUGGCUCCACCUCUAGGGUUACCGACACCAGAUCCAAGCAAAGGUGGGAUGCCUUUCUGAUGGGCCUUUCAGGAAGAGAAGGGGGCAUGGGGAGAAUCAGCUUGCUUUGGGUACCUCCCUCCAUUUUGCCUGCUAUCCUUUGGGGUCUGUAUUGGCAUGAGAUGAAUCAGGAGAAAAAUAAACUAGAUGAUGCUUGCCUUUUU